AUGGCCAGCGUUAAAGCUUCCUUCCAGACCACCUUGGGCUCGUCCGACUCGCAUCUGACCUACCCAGAGCCUGAUGCCCAGCGCCGCAAGAAGUUCAAGCCCUCCAUUGACCUGCUCGUCCAGCCCGGCCAUCUCCCGAAGUGCCUCUCCACAUUGGAGGCCCGGAGGCCGAGCCGGACGUCGAGAUGCACUCCUGGAACCGCAUCAAUGCUGAGCCGGCUGUUGGCGAGUAGCCCGGCCAGCAUCCCAUCCAGCAGCCCUACCCGCAUCCCGCCACCACCGGAGCAGCUCCCUUUGCCCGUCUUCCCAUCCGAUGCUACCGGACCCCAUGAUUCUCCUCCUUUGGGAGAGACGGACCCAAUGUGUCGGCCGGCGAAGAAGGCCGCCAAGCUGGUCAAAGCGACCCACAUCAUGUCCAAACAACGGCGCAGAAACUCGGGUAUCUCCAUUGCCACGCCCGACCCGCCUCCGCCCGGCUCCUCAGCCACACCGAUGUCCGAGCAGAACAACGCCAAGAAGCCCAAGACCGGCAGCCGCGGAAGAAGAGGCAAGAUCAAGACCGGCGCCAGUAAGUUUGUCAUCCUCAAACGCGCAGCCAAGUUUGUUGUCUGGAUGACCGACUAUAACUCCGCCCUGUCCUCUGAAAUCUCCUGUCUCAAAAAAAUCCUCCUCAGCCAUCACAUCCAGGUCUAG